AUGCGUGUCGCUUGUCUCCUGAGCCUUACGGUUGCACUGGCUGCCGCAGCCCCAAGUGUGGAACCAGGUGUUUCGCUAGCAUCUGCGAAUAGGGCUAUUCGAGACGUUAUUGCCCGUUACGCCGGCGGAGACUCCGAGGUCAGACGUUCGGUGGAUAGCAAUGAACAUCUGGCAGUCAGCCCAGCCCCUGCCGGAAAUCAUUUAAUGGCACGAGGUUGCGAGAACGACCAGAGGGUACGCAUCACGUCAACACAGGAGUUCAUCGGCUGGGACAUGCAGCUCAGCCAGGUGUUUCGGGGGCCAAUCGAAAUCGAGAUUGAGAAUGGCAAGUCUGUCUCCGACACUAUCACGAUCACUUCUGGCCUCGGUGCAGAGAAGAACUUCAUAGCAUCAUCUUUGAGCGCAGAAUUCGGCAUUUCCUUCACCAAAACUUGGACGACCGACUCAAGGCAACAUGGCACGGUCUCUAUCCCCGAGGGCAGGCACGGCGCAAUUGUCAUCAACCCGGCAACAACACGCCGCUUCGGUGUUGUGAUGAAAGGUUGCCAGGGAAGUUCGAAACAGGUUGCUGCAUUCAUGGCCGAUUCGUUUAAGGAGCACGUCCUUAACGGAAUCAAGUUCAUAGUAGGCGAGAUCUCUCUCUGUUCGUGGCCUGUCAAUCAUCCUAUGAACCGCUGCGAAGGUGGUGGCACUCUCGAAUCGGUUGGCCCUACCGAACUUCACGUUGAGGGUGGCCCGCAAGAAGAAUCUACCUAG